GGGAGUCCUUUGUGGAUCAGGGUCGCAUACUACUGAGAAACCCGUCUCCGGGGGGAGCCUCCCACGGGGCCGGGAGUUCGGCGCAUGGUGUGUUUGCCCAUGGUGGUGCAGAAGGAAGGAGGGGAUUGCCGGGGGACUGGCAGUCGGCGCUGCCUGGCCAGCACUCCGAUUUAUCAGGAUCAGUGUGUGCCACCUUGGGGACACUGGAGGCCAGGCUAACACUUUCCAAAGUAACCACGGACUCAUUGGGGAUUUUUGGCUGCCUCGGUGUUGGAGUUCAUGAGCUGCUCAGGACCGGACACUUCAGAGACGCUGAUCAUUAGCCCUGCGUACUGCUCCCAGCUCCACAGGGUCUCAUCUCAGGGUUCCUCAUGUCUCGAGCUCACUGUGCCUCAACCAAGUGCCCUUGUCCAAUAUUUCCUUCUUGUCCUCCAGGCAGUAAGGAUGAGGGCAUGCUGUCUUCCCUUGGGAAUGAACAAAGUUCACGUGUCAGCAUUUGAAAGCAAAUUAACAGCGGACACCUUUCAACCUUGCUAAACAGCUUAGAAGUGCUGCAAAGGGCUGAGGCUGGAGGCAGCCCAGCUCUCUCGGCCCUAGCCCCAUGCCAGCUUUCGGGGGAGCGGGCAAAGGGACAGGGUUGUCUCCUGGCCAACAGCACAUUCACACACUGCUGCUGCAGUCAGACACAGUUUGCCAAGGCAUGUGGUCAAAAUGGAGUGAAGGGAAGUUUAAAAAUUUUUUUGAAAAAAAGGUGCUUUCAAAGGAGGGGACUGGAAAAGAAAAGAGAAAUAGAGGAAGGUCAUUUAGCACACGCAGAAACAAGGGAUGGGAAUAAAAAGGAAAGGUCCAGGCUUUUGUGCCGGGAACAAGGGAGCAGGCCUGUUGCCCACUCAUGCUAACAACUGCCACAAUUAACUUUUGGAGCUCACUCUUUCAAAGCCCUCUUGUUAGUAACUAGGUAAGCAGCUUUUAAUAAAAACGCUGGCACUGGUCGUCCCCUUCCCCUGGCUGCAGGGAGCAGGGUGGGUGACCAGCUCCUGCUCGUAGUGAAGUGAGCUGGGAGGGUCUAGGGGAGGCUUGGCACACCUGGGCAGCGGCUGCCGGGGCGGGCAGGCUGGGUGAAUCUCGUACGCUGCCGGCUUAGCGAGGGUGGUCAGCUCAGAGCUGUGAGCUUUGCUGCCCAGGCUGCAGGGGCUCCCCAUCUCCCAGGGAGGAGGUGCAGGAAAGCCCCGUUCCUGACCGUGCUCGUCCUCCUCUCGGCAGCAGUUUCCUGUGCUGCUUGUCACUGUUCCUGGGACCUGGAGCCACACUGUUCCAUUUCACUUCAGAAAAGGGUGAAAACCCUCUCCUCAAAGCAUCACCUCUCCUGCUAAAGAAAUGAGGAGCCUGUGCCCACAGUGGGGAGAAAUGGAGCUGGACCACCACAGCCUGUGAAAGCAUGUCACAGAGUCAUAGGGUGGUUUGGGUUAGAAGAGACCUUAAAGAUCACCUAGUUCCAACCCCCUGCCCUGGGCAGGGACACCUCCCACUAGACCAGGUUGCUCAAGGCCCUGUCCAGCCUGGCCUUGAACCCCUCCAGGGAUGGGGCAUCCACAGCUUCUCUGGGCAACCCAGGCCAGUGUCUCACCACCCUCACAGUAAAGAAUUUCUUCCUAAUAUCUACCUUCUUAAAACUGUUAAUCCUCGUCCCAUCACUACACUCCCUGAUAAAAAGUCCCUCCCCAUUUUUAUGGUUUGAGAAACCUACAAUUUAUUGUUGUUUAGACAAUUAUUCUAUCACCUGAUGACCCCUCCCCACCCAGGAAAGGGAAUCAGGGAAAAACAAGGAAACAUGAGGGUUGAAAUAUAAAUAGGUUUAAUAGGAUAAGACUAAAUAAUUAACAUUAAUAAUACUAAAGAAUCAAUAUUGAUCCUGAUACCAACAUAAAAUAUACGAGGAUUAUACUCAGCCCAUUCUAUCACAGGAAGCUGUGCACUCCCAGCAGGGGACAGCAAAUGUCGGACGCUGCGAGCACUGCAGCUUCUGGAGGAAGGGAAGCGCUCAAGGGUCCGGCACCGGGCAAGAAGUUCUCUGGACCGAUGCCAUCAAGGGAGAGAGAAACUAUGCUGCAAAAUUCCUAAUUUAUAUUGAAUGUGACGUUCAUGGUAUGGAAUAAUCCUGUUGGCCAGCCUGGGUCAAGUGCCCAGGUCUUGCUCCUCCUCAUCCCUGCACCUGGCAAGGCUCGAAAACAUGGAAAUCUUGAAACCCACAUAGCCUAGCUGGCUACGAAGUAAAUACUUUCACAAGUUCAGGCACUAGAGUCUUCUAAAGUGCAGUUUUCCCAAGCAUUAGAAGAGAAAUUAGCCCUGUGUUGCUCAAACCAGAACACCCAUCUUCCCUGUAGGCCCCCUGGGGAGGUUGAAAGGUAGAUUUGGCCAAGAUUUGGGUUUGGGUUUUUUUAAUGCUGAGUUCACCGUGAGGCAAAGAAACGCAGUUUCUUCCACCACAGCUCAGCCUCUCGCAGUCCAUUUGAGCAAGAGGUGAAACCUGUGGCAUUAUCAUCCCCCUUAAACUGCACAGAUGGAGCAGUGUAUCAGGUCCCGGUGCUGCCAUCACCCCGCUACCGGCCCAGACGCUGCGCUGAGGGGCUCCUCUGUGCCGCCAUCACCGGGCUACCGGCCCACACCCCGCGCUGAGGCGCUCCCCGGUGCCGCCAUCACCGGGCUACCGGCCCACACCCCCGGCUGAGCCUCUUCCCGCCCAGCCGCGCUGCCCGCCGGUCCUCGUAGUCCGCCCAGGAGCUCCUGGGAGCUGUAGUUGGGCGGGCGGCGCCUGGUUCCCCUUCUUCCCUCCCUCCUUCCCUUAGUCGCUCCGGCGGGGCCAUGGCCGCCCGCUCCCUGCGGUGCUUCGGGACCGUCCUCGGCGCGUCGCGGCCCGGCAGUUUGUAUUUCAGGGGGUCCCCAUGUGUUUUCAGCACUGCAGCUCAGCAGAGAAGUACGGGAGAUGAGUGUGGCCCAGAAGAUCCCCGUGAUGAGCCCAAACACCCCCUUUCUGAUUGUGCCUUAGAGCACAAAGCGAUCAAAUUGGAAGAACAAGUCCGGGAUUUAACUGAGCGAUACCGGAAAGCUUUGGCAGAUUCUGAGAAUGUCCGUAGGAGAACGCAGAAGUUUGUGGAAGAUGCCAAGCUCUUUGGGAUCCAGAGUUUCUGCAGGGACCUUGUGGAGGUAGCAGAUAUCUUGGAGAAGACUGCUGAGAGUGCCGCAGAAGAAGCGGAGCCUAGUAAUCCAAAUCCAACCCUGAAGAAAAUCUAUGAAGGCCUCUCUCUCAUAGAGGCCAAAUUGCAAAGUGUAUUUGCCAAACAUGGCCUUCAGAAGAUGAACCCUGUUGGUGGCAAAUAUGAUCCCUAUGACCAUGAAAUAGUCUGCCAUGUACCAGCCGAGGGAAUGCAGCCGGGCACGAUAGCACUGGUGACUCAGGAUGGCUAUAAACUCCAUGGUCGCACUAUCAGACACGCGCUCGUCGGCGUGGCAGUAGAGUCACAGGAAUGACAUGGGCUUAUCCUUUGGCAUCUGGGACCUUACUGAGCUGAGGACCCCUCAGCACUCAGUCACAAGUGCAGCUGCAUGUCUUUACUUAUUUAUUAAGCUAGGUUUGUAUUGUAUGUUGGCUUCUUUAUAAUGUGUGCAGUCAUUUUGCCAUUAAUUCUAGGGUACUUGUAUAUUUAAUGUUCCUUUUUGGAGUACGUGGAGUAGAACUAGGAGUCCUGCUAUUUGUCAGAAACGUGGCACUGUAGCCCCUUUCUCCUUUGCUCAUUUCUCCAUUGAGACUUGUAUGGGGAAGAGGGGAGAUACGGGAGAGAAAGGGAAAUUCUCUGAGAGCUAAGGGAUCUUGUCUCCCACUUCCAUCUCUGAGACAGACUCCUGCAGUGGCCUUCAGGAAAGUAACUCCUCUGCCUCAGUUUCCAUAUCUGUAUUAAGGGAACUUAAUAAUACUGACCUACCUCACAGGGAUGUGGUGAGGCUUUUUCUUUGCAAUGCACUCAGAAGAAGACAAGCCCAAAGGGCUGAGUAUUAUUACCAGGCUGGUUUUGGUGUCUUCCCUUGUCCCCCAGACCCCUCAGGUGGGGAUGAUCAGUUGAAAUGACAUUUAGGGGCAGCUUUUUCUCAUGUCACUUCAGGAAAACAAUCCUGAAUUAAUGAAAUCUCUGUCAUUCUACAGGUGAAUAGGGAUGAGGUUUUAAAGAGAAUUCAGUUGUUAGGUCAGACUUUAACGUGUUAAUAUUUGUUCUCCAGGUAAAACUUCUGCUUGCCUCCCUGUUUCUAAAGGUGAAACAGGGAGUAGUGGUUCUUGAUGGAGCCAGAAAACUGUUAUCAAAUCUCUCUUUCUCCACCGAAGAAGUAUAUUUUAGAGGAGAGUAAUCUUUCUUCCCUGAUGGGUAUUUGUGCAGCUUUCAAGCACGAUAAACUAUAUGCUCGUUGUUGCAGCUGCUGGCAAAAUGGAGAUGUGCCCUUAAGCAGGAAAUCUGGACUGUUUUAUUUUCUCAGCUCUCUAAUAAUGGUACUUGGAUAACACGAACUUCCAGUGCACAUUCGGAUUCUACUUUUGCAUGGUCAUAGUAAAUAUUAAACCUUUUGGGUUUUGACACAAGGAGAAAAAUCUUUUCUACUAAAAGUCUCAAGUGCCCUUGAACCAAUUUUAGCAGCGGUGACGAGAAAGCAAGAGCAGCAGAAGGCUGAGGGAAGUGCAAGCUGACCUCAAGCCAUCUUCUUAGUUGGAGGCAUGUUGUUGUCUCAGCAUGGCAUAUGUACUUCCCAGUGGUCCUUUUGCCUGGGAGUCCGUUUAUCUCGGCUGAAAGGAUGCAGUCGCCCAGUUAGAUCAGAAUUUAACCCUUUACAGAGCAGCAAGCAGUAUAGUGACAGAAGAGUUAUAUAAACCAGCCUAUGGUCUGCACUACACAAAACCAAGGCAGGAAUAGUUGUUUUCAGAUUUUUUCUUACUGAUUCGUUAAUUCCUGCCUUUUUACUUUCUGGAAUUGGAUCUGUGGCCUGACAGUUGACUUGAGAUCCGCUUCAAAAAACUCUUUACUUAUGGUGGAUGUCAUCACUGGUUUGGAAGAAAGCUUAUUCUUCUCCCAUUCCUUUGCAGGCUACAGUUGCAUGAUCCUUUUGUGGUGGACUUCAAGAUUACCGCAGCCUUCAAUUAGCAGUUAUCGACAGUCUUUCAUCUGGGAUGGCUAUGUGCAGCUAGGUGGUUGUCAUUCCAGAAAUUUAAGGAAGACGCGCAUUUCUAAUAUGCUCCAUGCAAGCUGCUUUAGUGACAGCCGUACAGGGGUGACUCAGUAGUGGAUACUUCUGAAGUGUGGUUUUCUGCCUCUGCAUAGUGAGUUUUUCAGGCAGGUACUUGAGAUUUCAACCCUGAAAAAGUGCUUCAUGGCAGCAUGAGAUUGCUUUGGACAAACCUCUUGUUCCGUGCUCUUGUUUUAUCACGUUGUUGGAAAUUUCAGAGAUACACAGGACUUCCUGUUCCUUGUUUUGCUGGUCUCCAUGCUGACUGGGUCACCAGGUUAUGAAAGAACAGGGAAAAUGCGAAGCGUGGCAAUGCAAGUCUUGCUGUUCUGCCUCAAGACUGUCUGCAGCCUGUUCUGGGGAAACUGUCUUCAGCCGGAAGGUGCGGUAGGAUCUCUGCUGCCUCUUCAGCCCCUGCUCUAUCAGCUGAGUCUUUUUGCAAUACGAGGGGAGAGCUGGUUAUGGAAACUAACUUUGAAUGUGAAACUUUCUUUAUAAGGAACUAAACAAAAGCAAAGGCAUUUUACGCAGCAAGUAGUUUUGUGUCAUAGAAAGGCUGGGGCUUACCUGAGUUGGAUUUAAAAGGAGUGUGUGGCCAGAAGUGGUGAAAUCCAGAUCCUCUUUAAACUGGCCCAUGGAGCCACUUGACUGUGAAAGUAUACUACACCUACUUGAUCCACUUUUGGACUUUUUGGCAGGCCUGCCUGUCCCCGCAGCUAGUAUUCACCCAUUUUUGCCUUAAAGAAAUAUCCUAAAAUGCACUCCAGACCUUCUGUCUGUAAUAAGAGGUUAUUGAUUCAGCUUGUGUAUCGGGGAUCCGCUUUCACUGAGGCACUGUUGUGUGGCUAGAGCAGCAAGCUGAGGGAUCCAGUUCCUGUGGGAUCUUCCUCACUCUCCCACAGGCCCUGUUUAAUUUUGGGCAAGCUGUUUUCCCAGUUCAUGCCCCAGUUUUUUCAAUCUAUGAAACUUCUACAGGAUCUUAUCGGGCUUUUAUGAUGAUUACUGUAAGAUGUACCCUUUGCUUAGAGACACUUUUACAGAAGUUACCAAAGAGAUAAAAUACUGUAGCUGUUGUUUGUCCUAGUUUCUGCUUCCUUUAAAUGGUGAAGUGAAAAUGAAAUAACCAAACCUGGAUUCCAUCACAGAAUCCAGAUUUCCUAGGCAAAAUUUGAUUCUCUUGCCUUUCAAGCACACUUAAUGGUCGCUUUUAUCGUGGAUGAGAUUGCGUAAGGAUGGAUUGAAUUUCUCCUUUGUAGGUUCUUGCUCCCUCGUCUGCCCUGUUUGUGUAAAGCUUGCACACUCAGCACGCCGGGACAGAGUCCCCGCUGGUGCCGUUCUGUUGCACUCUGCAGAGUUACACCAGAGAGGAGCUUUUUCUCUCCGGUCGCUUUAUUCAAUGACUAUUAAAUAAAACACAGGAGUACGUUAGCAGGGACGGAAUAGGAGAGGAGAGGAAGUGUCACGUACCUCUUAGUCAGUUCCACUCUGUUCGCCCAGCCGUGAACUGACGAGCUCGAGCUGGGCAGGCAGACAACUAGACACGACGUGCGUGUGGCGGUGAUGUGGGGACCUGCAUUCCCGCUGUCGGGGGACGGGCAGCCCCACUCUACGUGGGUGUUUGCCUUGGUCUGUGACCUUGCCAUACCCCGACAGUGGGACAUAUUUGAGUUGAAGUCCUGGACGAGUGUCACUGCCUCAUGAGCAUGGCAGCGUCUUAACUCUGACCAGGAGCAGUGCAGAAUGUGAAUGUCGCUUUGUGAACCUUAAAUUCUCAGUGCUUCGUCAGCAGAGCUGCUGUUGAAAGAGACAGCUGUGAUAAAUCAAUAGCUAUUAGCAGUCCUUUAAUUUUUAAACAAAUGUAUUUAAGUUUUAUAUUGUGAAUAUUGUAGUAUUUUUUUAUUUUGAAACUUGAGAUGUUUUGAUAUUAUUUGCAAAGUCAAAUGAACAAAGUGUCGCUAAUCUCCAAAAAUCUAAGUCCAUUUAGUUGGUGGGAAACCUGUAUAUAUUGUAUUUUUUUUGUGUGUUUUUGUGCUCUUUGUUUAUCCAAAGGUUCUGGCUAUAUGAAAGACAAAGACUGAAGUGUGGGGGCGGUGCAAGUGAUUGACAACGACAUUUGAGUUAAUGUUGGAAAGGGCUGAUUUCCUUUAGAUGUCCAGAUACUGUCCAUUUGCUAAUAAAAAAAAAAAA